AUGGCUGGUUCAACAACACAACUUGUGAAACUCAUCUUCCUCGUACUGAUCUUCAUCACUUUCGCAGUCUCUCCGGCCACUUCGACGGCGCCGGACGAAUGCCGGGACGAGGCGACGAACUCGUGCGUGGACAAAGCCAAGGCCUUGCCUCUCAAGAUUAUAGCCCUGGCCGCGAUCCUCGUCACGAGCAUGAUCGGUGUCUCGGCCCCUCUCUUCAGCAAAUCCGUACCCUUUCUCCGACCAGACAGUAACAUCUUCAUCAUCGUCAAGUGUUUCGCCUCAGGCAUCAUCCUCGGAACAGGUUUCAUGCACGUUUUGCCUGAUUCUUUCGAUAUGUUGUCCUCGAAAUGUCUCGCUGACAAGCCGUGGCAUAAGUUCCCGUUCACGGGUUUUGUCGCCAUGUUGUCUGGUCUCAUCACUCUCGCUAUCGACUCCAUGGCCACGAGUCUAUACAUUCGGAAGAACAACGUCGAGGUCGCUCCAGGUGUGGAUCAGGAGAGAGCGAGCCCGGCGAUUGCCCCCGGCCACGGCCACGGCCACGUCCAUAACGCAACGUCCGCGGCCUCAAAGGAUGGUGACUCUGCAAAGCCACAGCUCCUUCGGUACCGAGUCAUCGCCAUGGUGCUGGAGCUUGGGAUAAUAGUGCACUCAGUGGUGAUUGGGCUGUCUCUUGGAGCAACCAAUGACACUUGCACCAUUAAAGGACUCAUUGCAGCUCUUUGCUUCCACCAAAUGUUCGAAGGCAUGGGCCUCGGCGGCUGUAUUCUCCAGGCCGAGUACGCGAACAUGAAGAAGUUCUUGAUGGCGUUCUUCUUCGCGGUGACAACUCCUUUCGGGAUAGCGUUAGGGAUAGCGCUUUCGAGCAUUUACAGAGACAACAGCCCGAUGGCUCUGAUCACGGUAGGGCUGCUCAAUGCCUGCUCGGCCGGGCUGCUCAUAUACAUGGCGCUGGUCGACCUUUUGGCUGCGGAGUUCAUGGGAGCUAGGCUUCAAGGCAGCAUCAAACUCCAGGUUAAGUCGCUCGUCGCCGCUUUGAUCGGGUGCGGCGGAAUGUCGCUUCUCGCAAAGUGGGCGUGAAAACUCAAACCAUGGAUCGAUUCUUCGGAUGGUACGAGGAUUCGGUACGGUGUCUGAAUUUGGUUCCUUAUGAACUGUGUAUGUAUGUGUUGUGUUUGGUAAGAACAUGUCAUGGCUUUGUGGGUAUCGUGAUUGGUUACAGCAAAUGGUAUAGUCUUCCAUUUUGGUUCUUCGUCUUUUGGGCACUGAAGAACCUUCAAAGUGCUCUAUAACAGAGAUUGAAGUGUUUUUGUUUCAAAUCUAAAAAGGAAUAAUGAAGUUUUACGUC